UCCAAGACCAGAAGCCAGUUGAAAUUUGGGAGAUGAUACGAAUGAUUGCCACUGCCCGUAUAGUCAUGCCAAAAGCAAUGGUCAGAUUGUCAGCUGGCAGAGUAAAGUUUUCAAUGCCAGAGCAGGCAUUGUGCUUUCUUGCUGGUGCAAAUUCGAUAUUCACUGGUGAGAAGCUGUUGACCACUCCAAACAACGAUUUUGAUGCUGAUCAACUCAUGUUCAAGGUGCUUGGUCUGAUUCCCAAAGCUCCCAGUUUCUCUGAGGAACCAGCAAAGGCAUACGAGGCGGAGGCUUGUGAGGAAGCUGUUUCCAGUUCAGGCUGAAAUUGUUAUACAAGAGAGUGUUGGUCUGUAGUUUCUUACAUUUUUUAAGCUGUAAUUUUAGUGUUAGUUUGUAGCUGAAAGAAUUGCACUCAAAGUAAAAUUCAGUUAGAAAAUAAAAGCGAAAUUUAGUAA